GCCUCGGUGGCGCAUGCACGCGUCGGUGGCGUGCAGACUCGCACCCCGCGUCGCCGUCGCGCUCUUUUCAGCCCCGCGAUCAUCUCCGACGUCGCCGCCUCCUGGAUUCGCGCCCCGAGCCACGACGACGACGACGACGACGAUGAGCGCCUCGUCGCAGCAUCCAUCUCGUCCGCGUCGUUACAUCGACGUCGGGGCGAACCUGACGGACGGCAUGUUCCGCGGCGAGUACCACGGCAAGACCUACCACGAACCGGACCUGGACGUCGUCCUCCGCCGCGCGUGGGACGUCGGCGUGGAGAAGGUCAUGGUCACCGCGGGGACCCUGCCCGAGGCUCGCGAGGCGAUCGAUCUCGCGGACCGAUUCGACCGGGGGGAUUCGCCGGAAGGUGCCCACCACGGGGACGGGGACCCCGAACGACGAUCGAGCCCGCGGCGUCUGUUCACGACGGUCGGGGUGCAUCCGACGCGAUGCGGCGAGUUCGAGGCGUCCGGCGACGGCGACGCGUACCUCCAAUCCCUCGUCGCGCUCGCGGUCGAGGGCGCGAAGGCGGGCAGGGUGGUGGCGGUUGGAGAGUGCGGGCUCGAUUACGACAGGCUGCAGUUUUGCGACGCGGAUUCGCAGCGCAGAUGGUUCGAGGCGCAGUUCGAGAUCACCCGCGCCACGGGUCUGCCCAUGUUCCUGCACAUGCGCGCCGCCGCGGAGGACUUCACGGCGAUCGUCCGGCGCAACCUCGACGGGUUUAAAGGCGGGUGCGUGCACUCGUUCACGGGCACGUGGGAAGAGGCCGAUGCGCUCCUUAAGAUGCGCGACGACGUGUACAUCGGGCUGAACGGAUGCAGUUUGCGCACGGAGGAGUCGCUCGCGGUGGCGAAGCGGCUGCCGAACGAUCGCAUCGUGAUCGAGACGGACGCGCCGUGGUGCGGGAUCAAGGCUUCGCACCCCGGGCACGGGUUCGUCGGCACGACGUGGCCGGCGAAGGAUAAGAAGAAGCGAGCCGCGGUGGACUCGGGGGAGACGGUGAAGGAUAGGUCGGAGCCGUGUCACGUCGCGCAGGUGCUGGAGGUGAUCGCCGCGGUGAAGGGGGAGGAUGCGGACGAAUUGGCGGAGAUUUACAGGCGGAACGCGCUCAGGCUGUUCUUCCCGGAGGAAUACGCCGCGCUGGGAUGACACGACGAUUUUCUGGGGGGGCAGGGGGCGGCGAAUUUUUUUCGAGUGUCACUCGCGCGAGGAAAAU